AUGAGUGACCGAGUUCGACGACGCCGUAGCCGAGAACUACGAGUCCCUCGUCAGGACGGUGGUCUCUCACCAGCUUCACGACUUCGUAUCGCUGCUGAUGUUCAUCGCCAUUCCACCAGUGACGAUGAUUCUGGCUGUGUUCUUGAAGAAUACGCAUGGAUACCGAGUGGAUUGAAGCCUAAUGUGGUCCACAUGUAUUUUGCCUCGUUACCCGAGGAAAAAGUCCCCUAUGUGAACAGCGUUGGCGAAAAAUGGCGGUUGCGACAGUUACGACAUCAGCUUCCACCACAGGACUCGGAUCCUCGCUAUUGUUCUCGCCUAACUCGAGAGGAAGAAGAUGAACUAAGGCUCUUCGAGCGUCGUCGCAAAGCUGAAUGUCUCGGACGAGGUUCGGUGGAUCGAGUGCCUUACGAUGGUCGAGUUAGGAAUUGUGGGAGCUGCUCCGGAAUUCUCGAAGAAGGCGAGCUAUGCGUCAUUGCCAGUAGAGCCGACAGCGUCUUCCAUCCAGCUUGUUUCCAGUGUACAGAAUGUUCCACUCUUCUGGUCGAUUUGAUCUACUUCUCCCAUAAUAACAAGGUGUACUGUGGCCGCCAUCAUGCCGAACAAUUCAAGCCUCGAUGCGCCAAAUGCGAUGAGCUGAUAUUUGGCGAGGAAUGCACAGAAGCAGAGGGUAGAACAUGGCAUCUAAAUCACUUUCAAUGUACCGACUGUUCCAAAGAGCUAGGAGGUCAAAAGUAUAUGCAAAGAAAUAACAAACCAGUAUGCCUUGGAUGUUUCCACUCCGAAGGCUCAUCGUCAUUGUCGUGUGCCACAUGUAAUGGAGCGAUUCCUAUUGAGAAUCCCCACAUUUCCCAGGGUGAUAAGAGCUGGCACGCUGAUCGACGCUGUUUUUGUUGUUCCGUGUGCGGGAAAAACCUGUUGGGAAAGAAGUAUAGCUUAGUGGAUAAGAGUCUGUAUUGUGGAUAUAAGACUUGUGGUGGAGAGGAAGAAUUAUACGAUGAUGACAGUACCAUUCCAUGCUCGUCCCCUGCACAACGAAGACCGACAUCUGUUUCAACGAGAGGCACAGUUCAAGACAGACGAUUUCGAAGCACAGAAAGAAUGAUUACAGCCAGAAGACCACCCACUUUCCCAGCAGCACCUCGUCCUCCUCAGCGAGCCCCACCUCCACCUCCUCCAGCUGAAAAUGUAUAUGAAACCGUACUACCUUCAACAGCACAAAGGAUAGAAGCUUUUCGGGAAGAAGUGUCAAGAAAUGGCAGAAACCACUACAGUCGCACUCCAGAUAGAACACGACGACGGGAAGAGCUAGGAUACAGCACAUCGUCAUCUGACUCAGAAGAUGAAUCAUUCUAUAUCAACAAACUUCUCGCUGCUGCUUCUCUCAGCCGGAACUCGCAAAAGGGCCUACCACCGCUUUCCACAGUGAAGAUAGCGAAGACGAAGAAGAGCAACAGAUGCAUAGUAUCAUGA